AUGCCGUACCCCGCGGUGGGGGACGGGCCAGGCCUGGGCCCCACACCGGCAGCCGUGCAUGCUGUUCCAAUGGAGGAGCGGCCGGCACCGCUUCUUGGACCUUUCACCCCUGAGGAACCACUUUUAGGGGCGGUUCCGAGCACUGCCCCCCCCCUGCACCAGUCAGCUUGGGACACUUUAGGCCAUUCCCUGAUCGAGUCUCUGCUGGUUGGUUAUCAGCCCCGGGUGCUCCAGCUGCUCGGGAUCUGGGGAAGGUGUGGCUUUCUGAGCUUGGGUCCCGCAGUCAGCUCCCCCAGGAUUGCCGGGGCCCCCAGGUUGAACGGGGGCGCCGCGGGAUCGGUGGGCGUGACCCCGCCUCAGCCGGCGCCGCGGCGGUGUAAGCCUGAGGCGGCCUUGGAGCCUUGCCAAAAGGCCGUCGGGGGCACCACGGACUCGGUGGGUGUAGCCCCGCCUCGGCCCGUGCCCCGGUGGUGGAAGCCCGGUCCAGGCUCGCCUCCUCCAUGUGCCCUCCCGGCACAGACUGAUGGGGGUGUGCUUGAACGGGGGGCAGCGCUGCCUCUGGGGGAUGCCUCAGGGUCUGUCCCAUGUCCCUGCUGCUGCUGGGCCGUGCCGUACCCCGCAGUGGGGGACGGGCCGGGCCUGGGCUCCACGCCGGCAGCCGCGCACGCUGCCCCCCCCGCUCCGGAUUCGUGUGGCGUGGAGGCGGGUUCUCCAAGUGCUGUGGACACCGGGCUGGGUUCUGCCGACCCCACGCUGCCGGUUUUUCCCCCUGCGAGCCCUGCUGAACUGCUUCCAACCCCCCCCGCCUCAGGUUCCCAGGCAUCACCAGAGCCUGCGGCUGGAGCCAGCCCUCCCCCGUCGCCUCCUGCGGCUGUGGCAGACCAAGGUCUUGAGGUGUUUAUCACUGGUUCGGGUGGUGAUGUUCCGGGGGAGAAGCCGGUGGCCUUGACGGGCCAGGGGUCCCAGGCUGCUGGAGCCCCUUCGGCUGGCCUGUGGACUUUGUCCUCCUGA